ACACAACCUGUUUGCUGUUCCAUCAGUUCCAACAAGUGAUUAGAUUGUGCCGCUGCCAAACAAACAAAAUGUCUGAAAACUCAAACGCGGAAGAAUUUAAUGCCGACGAGCUGGAGCCCCCACAGUGGCUGAAUGCUUCGUACUUGGAAACAAUUCUGAGCACGUAUGAAAAUGCACCAGAAUUGAAGGUAACGGAUCUGAAAAUAUCCCCCGCGAGUGCCCAGGGAGAUCACUAUGCGAGCGUUAUGUUCCGCACCACAGUGGAGUACACCACUCGGAAGGGAACGUUCAACAAGCCACUGAUCGUCAAGACAAUGCCCGAGCAGGAGGGCCACAAAAAGGACAUGCUGAGUGACAGCCAUCUGUUUGACACAGAGAUCGGAAUGUACUCCAAGGUGCUGCCGGAGUUCGAGAGAGUACUGAAACAGGCGGGAGAUGAUACCAAGUUAUAUGCGGCCUGCAUUUUCCAUAGCAUGGAACCGCGGCAGGUAAUGAUCUUCGAGGAUCUGGUGCCGCAGGGAUACAUUGUCGUUCGAGGUCGUCCAAUUCGGGACGAGGAGGUGUGCGCCUCCCUUUCUAAGUUGGCCAAGUGGAACGCGGUCAGCAUGAAAGUUAACAACGAGAAACCAGACUUUAUCAAGGAAUUUAAAUAUGGUUUGUUCGAUUUACCGGCGCUGAUGAGUGAUCCAAUGGUUACCACUGGCAUGGGCAAUUUCAUUGCAAUGCUAGACCAGAUACCCGAUCUGAAGAAGUACAAGCCGCACUUUGAGAAAAUAAAGGACAAUUAUUUGGACCGCACACGUGAGGUGAUGGCGGAGUAUCGCACUGAUCCAAAAUCGGAUGAAUCUUACGUCCUCAUCCACGGAGACUUCCAUCUGCGGAACAUGAUGUUCAGGCACAACAAGGAAACCGGGGCAUUUGAAGAUGUCAUGUUGGUGGACUUCCAGAUCUGUAAUUUAGCUCCCAUAAGUCUCGACUUGAUUUACUCCAUAUACAUGCUGAUGGAGCCCGAGCAGCGCUGGGACCAUGGCGAGAAGUUGAUCAACUUUUACAUCACCGUUUUGGUGGAUACUCUCAAGAAAAUUGGAUACAAAGGCACCAUGCCCACCCAGGAGAAGAUCUGGCAGCAGAUCCAUCGCCACAAAAUCUAUGAGUUCUUCUUACUUGCAACUUUUCUGCCUAUGAUGUUGGCCGUCAAAUCAAAUACCUUAAAGAUUGUUGACAUUAUUCAAGAUCCGAUAACACGCCAGAAGGCUUACCUCAUGGAUUCAUACGUUGAAGAAGCAAGGAAACUGUUGCCCCUGUUCGAGAAAAUGGGUUACUUUAAGGAUCUAUAGGGAAA